AUCGGCCGUGAUGUCAGAGCGCAGGGACUCUCAUGAUUGGCUCUAAUUACAAUCUGCGGCAGCAAAUAGACACGCGUCCUGCAUGAUUGGAUUCAAAGUGGCUGGUGCCAAAAAGCGCAGAGCGCGCAGAAGCGCUUUCAAACGCGAGGAGGACGCGUCGCUCCUGCCGAGCAAACAUACAUACAGACAACCAGACAGACAGACAGACAGACGCGCAGCACUUUUAACCCUAGUUAUUUACGGCAGUGUGAGGCGGAAUAAGCAGAUAUACCUGGAGCCUUUCGCGUGCGCAACUGAAGCAGAGCAACUUCAGAAACAUCAAGCAGAACAAGUUGAACAAAAGCUGAGCGCUAUGGCAUCGGUGCCCAGCAGCCAAGUCAAAUGCAAGUUCAAGAGGAGGAGAAGGAGAAGGUCAAAGCGAAAAGAAAAGAUGAACAUGUUGUCUGCUUUGAUCGCCCCCUUUAAAUACAUGAGCCCAGCGGCCAAUGGGACAGAGGAUGAAGACACUUUGAGCACCAGCAGUGCCGAGGUGAAGGAGAACCGUAACACAGGAAACCUCGAGGACUGCACUGUUGUACCAUCAGACUGCCAAACACUCUUCCUGUCGGAUUCACCCAGGGAUGGGACGUCCGGGCUCAAACGAAAACGUCCAUUGGAGGAGGACAAUAACGGACACUUGUGCAAAUUGCGUAUGUACUGCAAGAAACUGGCAUGGUCCGACGCACCAAAGAACGCUCUGGUCCAGCUGAACGAGCUAAAACCAGGCCUGCAGUUCCGGAUGGUCUCUCAAACAGGGCCGGUACAUGCACCCGUCUUCUCUAUUGCCGUAGAAGUUAACGGCCUCACAUUUGAGGGAACUGGCCCAACAAAGAAAAAGGCUAAGAUGAAGGCAGCUGAGAUGGCCCUCAAGUCAUUCAUCCAGUUUCCCAAUGCACCGCAAGCUCAGCUGGCCAUGGGUAGCUUGAGCAAUCCCACAGCCGACUUCACCUCGGACCAGUCCGACUUCCCAGAUACGCUGUUCAAAGGGUUCGAGCCGGACGGUUGCCGCUCUGCAGAGAGCGAGCUGCUUUCAAGCGCCUUCCGCUUGCGACACACUUUGGACUUGAUGGUUGUACAAGCCAGACAAGGAGACCCCUGCCUACCCCCACCUUCUCCACCUGCACCACCACCCCAGCCAAGCCCCGUCGUCCUCCUCAAUGACCUGCGUCCCGGUCUGCGAUAUGCUUGCUUGAUGGAGUGCGCGCAGGGCAAACGAGCGCACCGCAGCUUUGUCAUGGCCGUUCGAGUAGACGGCAGGAUAUUCGAGGGCUCGGGUCGCAGUAAGAAGCAGGCGAAGAGGCAGGCGGCUUUGUGCGCCCUGCAGUCCCUCUUCAACAUCAGGCUGGCACCUGAGGCGAGAGCGGGACUCCGGCCCAGCAGGAUGAAAUGCCCUCAUUUGCCCCAGGAGUUUGCGGAUGCGAUUUUUCACCUGGUUCGGGAGAAAUACACAGAGCUGGCCGGAUGCUCCUCGCUGCUGCAUGCACGUCACAAAGGCCUGGCGGGCAUCGUCAUGACCAGAGGUCUGGAUCUCAGACAUGCCCAAGUGGUGGCACUAUCGACCGGCACAAAAUGUAUUAAUGGAGAGUAUAUCAGUGACCGGGGUUUGGUGGUCAAUGACUGCCAUGCAGAGAUCACAACUAGACGAGCCCUGUUGCGGUUUCUAUACUCUCACCUGGAGUUACACCUCAGCAAACGGAAAGAAGACUGGGAACAAUCGAUCUUCGUACGGCACAAAGACUCGUGUUUGAGACUGAGAGAGAACAUCCUCUUCCACAUGUACAUCAGCACUUCGCCCUGCGGUGACGCCCGUGUCAACUCACCAUACGAAAUCACCUCUGAUUUGCACACCAACAGACACUUGGUGAAGAAGUUUCACAGCCAUCUUCGAACAAAGAUUGAAUCGGGUGAGGGUACGCUGCCUGUGAAAUGCACAGUACCCGUACAGACGUGGGACGGAGUCCUUCAAGGACAGAGACUCAUAACCAUGUCCUGCACCGACAAGAUUUCCAGGUGGAAUGUGCUCGGCCUACAGGGGGCGCUGCUCAGUCACUUCGUGGAGCCGGUGUAUCUGUACAGUCUGACAGUGGGCAGCCUGAGACACACGGGUCAUUUGUCCAGGAUGAUGAACCACAGGUUGGAGAGAGUCGGACCUCUGCCCACGUGCUACCGCCGCACACAGCCUUUACUCAGCGGCCUGAGCAGCAGUGACUGCAGACAGCAGGGGAAGUCGGCAUGUUACAGUGUCAACUGGACAUCAGGUGACGCCCAAAUGGAGGUGCUCAACGCAUCUACCGGAAAGAGGAGGGAUUCUGGAGCCCCAUCCAGACUUUGCAAACAUGCGCUUUUUGCACGGUGGAUCAGACUCUAUAGGAAGCUGGUGGUUCGAGGAGCUCCUCAGAGUGACACGUCGCUGUUAUACUGUGAAGCAAAGCAGGCCGCUGGCACUUACCAGACUGUGAAGCUGCAGUGGUUGAAGGGUCUACAAGAAGCAGGACUAGGGACCUGGGUCAGGAAACCACCUGAGCAGGAAAACUUCACUAUGACUGUAUGAAUGUGAAAGCCUGACCUGAUAUCAUCCCAUCACCACUAAAACCACCCACACCCUCCACCAACCAGCUUCCACCGGAGCCCUUUCUCAUCCAAUCCACAACGUCCCACUGCCAGAAAUACUUCACGGGAAGAUGAUGAAGGUGUUGUCAAUAUAGUAAACCUAAAAUGGAUGGAACGUCCUAGGAUCAAUAAAGAUUAUCAACAGCAUUUGUGACAUAUUGUUGAUCACCACAAAAAUGGACUUUGUCCCUCAGGUUUUUCUUCAUUGUUAAGUAAUAUAUUGUGGUAAAAAUAAAACUGGUAUGAAAGCGGGUACGGAAAGUUUAAAAGCAGAAAUGUGAUACUCACAAUAUUUUUAUUAAAUUACACCUGAAUUACACAUACAACAUAUGAGAUAGGACUACUUUUCUAGAUGAACGAACGUAUAGUUGUGCCAAUAACUGUUAACUAUUACCUAAAGGUAUUACCCAUUACACUGUAAAAAAACGUUACUGUAGUUAUGCAGCUGUUUGCCAGUAACUUACUGUAGAUUUAAAUGUAUGUUAUUAACUGGCAACAGUUUGUUCAAAGUUAAAUAAAUAUUAAACAUAAACAAGUCUUUGUCUUUACAGGGUAAAACUAAAAUGCAAAGCAUUCUGGAAACAAAAAUACUCAUCAACCUUUUUCUGUUUUUUUUCUUGUUCCCAGAAUGCUUUGCAUGGGGCUGUUAUUUUAUAGUUUUAUUCUGUAAAGGUAAAGUUAAUGUUUAUUUAACUUUAAACAAACUGUUGCAAGUAAAUAAAAUGAAUUUAAAUCUACAGUAAGUUACUGUCAUUUCUACAGACAUUUUUAACAGUGUAGGUCAAAUCCCAUUCUGGGGCCUCAUUUAUAAAGCGUGCGUACGCAAAGAUUUGAUCUUAGACCGUGUGUACGCUCAAAUCCACUCCAACGCUCAGAUUUAUAAAACACGUCUUUGACGUGGAAAAGUACUUACCUCCAUGUCAGGUUCCGACUUGACGUACGCACGUUUCCUUGUGGCAAUAUUGCAGGUAGGCAUAUUCUGAACUUUUAUAACGCCAUCAUGCCGUUUCCACGUCGUCAUCUGUAUUAGACCUUAGAUCGGGACCAAAAAACCAAGCCCGACCCUACUGAAGCCCAGCCGGACACAUUAACUGGUAUUAUGAGCCCGAGCCCGACAAUGUUUUAAUAGUGCGCAGUGAUGUUCUCAACUACAAUUCAGAGUUGUUUGAACUUCAGAAAUCUGUUCAGAAUUAUCCUAAUGAUAUAAAGGAACAAGGACGAAGCAUGUAAACUGCGAUGUUUGUUUAUUCAAUGGAGACGUAAAAAACGUGUGCAUGCAAUAAUGAUGCACACAGAAAAUAGAAGAAUAAACUUGGCCUAUAGAGAAGGCCUACUACUCUAAAAUAAUUUAACAAGGUUUUAGAAUAUAUUUUAAACAAAAUAUGUUGGCCUAUUUUGAUAUUUUAAAAUGUAGGGCUAUUCCGAUGCAAAAAUGCAUCCAUAGGUUCAGGAAACGAUUUUCUAGUUCGUCAUCUUUUUAAAUUAAAAAAAAAUAUAUAGUGAAAUUGUUUUGCGGUGUUUAAUGCACAUGUAAAUGUUACAGAACAUGUGCUUUGUUAAAUGAAAGUAAAAACAAUCGAAUUCAAUGAUUAAAAGGAUGUGAAAGGAACAAAAUUUUAAAGCCUCGAUGUAGCCUACAAUAAGGGACAUGCAACAUUUAAGAGUGGUGGGUAUUUCAAAAAUUAAUAAAAAUUAUUCCCAUGCAUCGAUUUUAAUGUUAAAUAUCUGUAAAUAAAAAAAUGAAUCCAUAUGGAAUAUAUUCCAACAGUUUAGGAUACGAUCUAUGAAUUUUAAAGUCGAAAAAUCUCUUAUUUUUACACCACCGCACCAAAACUUUAAAGACACAAAUAUUACGUAUACGUGUAAAACUAUAUUUAAAUGAAACCCGUGAAUUGAAAGGUCCACUAAUUGAAAGGCCUUAACUCGAGUGAUGUCAAUAAAGUUUCCAUGUUAGAAUUUAGAAAUAUUGAAAAAUUAACCUCUUAUGGAACGGCUGAAAUUCCACAAGACGUUGCACAAUAAACAUGACAUCCGAAUAUUUCAUUAUAAAUCGUGAAUGAAAAGUGAGAUCGGAACGAAUGUCCGUUAGUGAACUAAUUGUAUACACUAUUUAUAUCGUAAUUCGGUCAGAAACGUCAAGAUUAUAAGAUGAACAAAUCAUUUUGGAUUAAAAGGCUUGGAUAUUCCAGUUCCUUGGACUUUUGGGGAUUUAUGAACAAUUUGUUUUGGACAAUUUCACCGAAGCGGAUAAAGGGAAGAUUUUGAAGGCAAGUAAAUAUCCUCGGCGCCGCCCGGUUCAGGUAACUAACAACUAGAUUACAGUUUUAUGACUGCUAAAAAUCAUAUUAUGCUUUGUGUGUGCGCUUAAUGGAAUUCCUAAAGUCUAAGCUUUACAACGAUGUGCGGCAUGACCGUAUAUUUUGAAGAUUUAAUGCUUCAAAGUUACAAUGACGUAAUGCAGCCUCACGUGCAAGGGAGGGGGUGUACCGUGUACGGCACAGUGUUCCUUAUCAGGUUAAAGGUGCAGUGUGUACAUUUUUGCGACAUCUAGUGGUGAGGUUGUAAAUUGCAACCAACGGCUCAGUUUACUGCUCACCCCUCGCUUUUGAAACACAUAAAGAAGCUAAAGUAGCCACCACCAAACAAACAUGUCAUCGUCAGAGGAAAACGUUUUUCCCCUUGAGGGGUUCUGUAGAAACAUGGCGGCCCAAAAUGGCGACUUCCAUGUAAGGGGACCCUUGUUGUAUGCAGAUAAAAACAUCUCAUUCUAAGGUAAUAAACACAUAACGGUUCAUUAUGAAAGGUCUUUAUACACCCCUAAUGAUAUAGUUUUGUAUAUAAUUUUGCAUUUCUGUCAAGAGAUCCUUCUAAAAAUUACACACUGCACCUUUAAGCAAACGACAACAAAGAUGUUUUUUUGACCACUCGGCAUUGUAGCAGUCAGAGAAUUUGGCCUUUGAUAAUUGAAUAUUUAUAUGCUAAUGAAUAAAUUAGGGGCGUUUACAAGACGGAGUUCUAAGCGCAUUCAGCAGCGCACAAUUUCAAGAUAAUUUCUGAUUUAUAAACUGCACAUCUGGAAAAGUGCGUACGCUCCUUUUCUCUGAAUUACAAGUACGAUCAUUUCAGAAACGGUCUUAGAUGAAAUAUAGGAUAGUCCAUACGUCACGCUUUUAUAAAUGAGGCCCCUGGUAUCAUUGUGCAUCUCAUGAAAUCUUUUAGGAUAGGUAUUGUGAUCAUGACACCAAAAUAUAAAGAUGAGAUAGAUCAGU